CCCAGUCACACCCACAGUCUCGCCGUGCCGAGCUGGGGUUCACACCAGCUGCCUGGGACGCCUUCCCAAGCCCGGCCACGGUGACGACGAUGGAGGACGCUGACCCCGUGCUCCCCGCCUUCCUGCUGUGCAGCACGCUGCUGGUCAUCAAGAUGUACAUCGUGGCGGUCAUCACGGGCCAAGUGAGGCUGCGGAAGAAGGCUUUUGCCAACCCCGAGGACGCCCUGAGACAUGGAGGCCCCCAGUUCUGCCGCAGUGACCCGGAUGUAGAACGGUGUCUCAGAGCUCACCGGAACGACAUGGAGACCAUCUAUCCCUUCCUCUUUCUGGGCCUGAUCUACUGCUUCCUGGAGCCCUCGCCCCUUGCUGCCUGGCUGCACUUCCUGGGCUUCCUCACGGGCCGCGUGGUGCACACCGUCGCCUACCUGGGCAAGCUGCGGGCCCCCAUCCGCUCCGUGGCCUACACGCUGGCCCAGCUGCCCUGCGUGUCCAUGGCCCUGCAGAUCCUCUGGGAGGCAGCGCGCCACCUGUGACCCCAGCGGCCCCGCCGGGCCAGCGGGCCGGCUGCACCUGGGGGCUCAGCGUGGCUUCAGACGCCAAGGAGCUCUUGGGAUGGCUCAGGUCCUGCCCGGUCUACUGGCCAUCCACUGAGUGUGUGGGUCUGGGCCCAGUGUGUUUGUGUGUGCACGCGUGUGUACACGUGUGUGUGCACACACGUGUUCAAACAGCAUGUAAAUGUAUUUCUGAGCCCUCUGAAUACUUAAGGUGAAGUAGCUGAUUGGAAGUAUGUGAGAGGCCACUUUUCAAGAGGAAUGGAAAAUCCUUCUGCCAAACGGGCACGGGAGGCUCGCCCCCGCGGUGCCAGCCGCUCGAGAGGCUGAGAUCUGAGGAUCAUCCUCAGGCAGGCACGGCCGUGAAACUCAUUUCUAAUUAACCAGCAAAAAGCUGGAAGUGGAACUAUGGAUCAAACCACAGGGCACCAGCCUUGCACAGAAUAAAACAACCGAAGGACAGCACCUAGGGCCUGGGUCUAAGCCUCAGUACCGGCACACACAAAAUAAAAUCCUUCCGCUC